UUUUCGUAACUUUGUUUUGUCACGUGACAGUACGAAAAGUUCCCGCUUUUUGUUGGCGCGAAAUGUUUGGAGCCAAAUGCUUGACGUAAAUUUUGUGUUAGUACGUUCGUUUUGGCGGAAAGCAAGUCAUUCGUUCAUAUAAAGAAGUUGUUGUUCAAAGAAUACGUCAUUUCAUAGAUUUGUGUUUGUUUUUGAGUGUGAAAUUAGAUCUUCAAAGCAAAAAAGAUGUACGUCUACAAAAGAGAUGGACGGAAAGAGCGUGUCAUGUUUGACAAAAUCACAUCCAGGGUUUCAAAGUUAUGUUAUGGAUUGAACAUGGAUUUUGUUGACCCUAUACUUCAGUUUGAUAUGUGGAACGUGACACCAACUGACUUAUGGGAUUGGAACAAACUUAAACAAAGAAUUGCCAAAUAUGGCAUCAGGAACAGUCUUCUUAUUGCUCCCAUGCCAACAGCAUCUACCGCUCAAAUCCUUGGUAACAAUGAAUCUAUUGAGCCUUAUACAAGUAACAUAUACACGAGAAGGGUUCUGUCGGGAGAGUUCCAGAUUGUGAAUCAGCACCUUCUAAAAGAUCUGACAGAAAUGAAUUUGUGGAAUGAAGAUGUAAAAUUACAAAUGAUUGCCAAUAAUGGGUCAAUACAGAACAUUCCAAAUAUCCCUGACGACUUGAAGCAGUUGUAUCGUACAGUGUGGGAAAUCUCCCAGAAGAAUAUUGUCAAAAUGGCUGCUGAUCGUGCUGCUUUUAUUGACCAAAGCCAAAGUCUCAACAUACAUAUAGCUGAACCUAAUUAUGCCAAACUUACGAGCAUGCAUUUCUUUGGCUGGAAAUCUGGUCUAAAGACUGGAAUGUAUUACUUGCGUACGAAACCUGCCGCUCAAGCUAUUCAGUUCACCGUGGAUAAAAACAAACUAAAGGACGUGAAAUCUGAACAGACGAUGACGGAGCAAGAGAAACGGGAGGAAAACGAAGCAGCUAUGUUGUGUUCCCUGCAAAACAAAGAGGCAUGCCUGAUGUGCAGUGGAUAAUCUGAAUGAUGUUGUUCUAUAUUUGUGAUGUUACACACUUUUGAAUCUUGAUAUGUUUAUACAUCUUGUUUACUGUUGCCGCUUUAGUAACCUUCACAUAGUGAAAUACACACUUACUACGCUUAAAAA